UCCAACUCUAAUUCAAUCGGAGCUCAGCUGCGGUUGUUGCUCCGUCGGUGUCGAGAAACCCAGUGACCGCUUCUCCUCCACAGACACCCGGAACAACAAAGGAGGCUCAUUUUUACAUCCGUGCGGACAGAUGCCGCUUCAGUCUUCUGAACGGGCGGCUUCUGGAGGCUGAUUUCCCGGAGCGCACGUUUCGUUUCUGCAGACUGAUGGAUGGGAAAUCAGAAGACCUUGCCACGUAUGCGAGAGUGCAGCGAUGCUCCGCGUCCGACUGACUGAAUAAGAAGCAGACAUCGAGCCAGCAGGAGAAGUUGAGCUACAAUACAGCGUUCAGAUGAAGUAGAUGUGAGUUUGCUGAGGUCUACAGAUCCAGAUUCCGCCUCACAGACCGGAGGAUGGUCCCCGGGGCCCCCAACACCACCAGCAUGCUGCCCGCGUCCGAAGCCGCCAAGAUCUACCAGACCAACUACGUGCGCAACUCCCGCGCCAUCGGCGUCCUGUGGGCCAUCUUCACCAUCCUGUUCGCCAUCGUCAACGUGGUGUGCUUCAUCCAGCCCUACUGGAUCGGGGACGGCGUGGACACCCCUCAGGCGGGCUACUUCGGUCUGUUCCACUACUGCAUCGGGAACGGGCUGUCCCGGGACUUGACCUGUCAGGGCAGCUUCACCGAGUUCAGCAGCAUCCCGUCCGGUGCGUUCAAGGCUGCCUCCUUCUUCAUCGGCAUGUCCAUGGUGCUGGUCCUCACCUGCAUCGGCUGCUUCGCGCUCUUCUUCUUCUGCAGCACCGGGACCGUGUACAAGAUCUGCGGCUGGAUGCAGCUGGCAGCAGGUACGUGUCUGAUCCUGGGCUGCAUGAUCUACCCAGACGGCUGGGACAGCGACGAGGUGAAGAGGAUGUGCGGUGAAAAGACGGACAAGUACACGCUGGGCGCCUGCUCGGUGCGCUGGGCCUACAUCCUGGCCAUCAUGGGCAUCAUGGACGCUCUCAUCCUCUCCUUCCUGGCCUUCGUACUCGGAAACCGCCAGGACAGUCUCAUGUCCGAGGAGCUGCUGGGAGACAAGAGCGGUAAUAAUGCCAUAUAACUUCUGGCAGUGGUACAGCAGUCACACACACACACAGGUCUUGCUGUCUAGUCGUGAUGUUACAUCAGGAUCCGGCUUCCUUCUCCUGGUCCAACCUGUGGCUGGGAUGCAGAGCUGAUGGGGAAUCAACAGGUCAAGAAGAAGAAGAGGAGGUCUGGAAGAGGCCACGAUGCCUCUUGCCCUCUCCGAAAACUCCCUCUGUAAAAUAGUCUUCACAUUCAUCUCAAACUGCUAAUUUGUGCAGGAUGAAUUCUCCAAAAGACUGCCAGAGUUCGCCUGUGUUGAUAUGUCGCUGCAUCAUCUAACCCAAGCUGUUCAAACUGAAAUGUUCUGUGAGAGGAAGUGAGAAAGGAGGCCAGUGUCAUCUGAAAACAACAUAAGACAAACUUGUGGUGAAUCAGCUCCAGGACACUGAUCGGACAAACACCGCAGAGUGGCAGCCGCUCAAAUCGAAUUAAAUCAAAAUACGUUAACCAGACUUUGACCGACACAAAUAGAGACUUAACAGGCUUGAGGUCAAAGCUGUCAGAUAUUCUUUCUUAUCAAGCCAACAAACUCCCUCCAAAGGAGUUUGGCUCCGACACUGUUUGACCUUUGAUUUAAAGAGGAGUGGUGUCACCAAGGAUGUGAAGAAUCCAGAAGAUUACAGGCUGGAUAACCGAACAGAAAGAACAGCACCGUUUUGUUAUAAUUAAAUGUUUGAUGUGAUAGAACCAAACGGUAGUAAUUAGAGGUUUUGUUGGGGAGGACUGUGCAAAAACAGAGUGAAGUAAAAGUCUAUAAUUUGUGUAUAGCUACAUGUUGAUUACGUCCCUGUACUUUGUCUUGACUUUGAAAUGUCAAUCUAUUGGUCCAUUAUUAGUGUGUGCCAUAGAGUAUCCUGUAACCCGACAGUAUUGUGAAGAACCAAAAGGACUUAAGGGAAGCUGUAUUUAUCAGAGCCGGAAAUGACGAGAACAGAAUGAAUCUGUGGAUUUUCAACUUUACGAAGCCCCUUAUGCUGAUGUUAUGUGCCAUACAGUGGAGAAAAAAUCCAUUGAAUCAUCAGCAUCAUUUUUUUCCUACAUGUCCCAUUUUCCUUUUAUUUAAAAUAAAUUUUAAAUUCUAAACACG